UCUAAGCGCGCUAUUAUUCUUCCCCCCGCGAAGCCAGUGUUUGCGCGUCAAGUCUUGACUUGACUUGUCUUAACUUGCCGUUGAAAAGAAGAAAGUGAGAAACAAGAAUAUGGAGAGGAUGAUGAUGAUGAAGAUGCGUUGUCACUAGAGGAAAUAAGAAAAAUGAUUGUAAAAAUUCCUGGUUGUACAGAAGUAAGUGCUGAAGAUGUAGGAGAGUGGAUGGCUUGUGACACGUCUGACCCUGGUUUUCCAAUUCUCAAUGACGAUGAAAUUGUUGUAAGUGUGAGAGAAGAUGUUGAAGUGGAAGUGGAAGAAGAACUUUCUGCUGAUGUUGAAGUAGACGCCGGCCCAUCAGCUAGUGAAGAAUUUGCCGGUCUCGAGACUGCUUUGAAGUUGAUGGAGCGUCAGCCCGAGUGUGACCACUUGCAACAGCUCACUGUCAAGCGAAUGCGUGACCUGGCUGCCCGAAAACGGUUGAAGACCCCAAAACAGCUUACAUUGACGGAGAUGUUUAAAAAACAAUGA